UUACACGACAAUGCAACCGAUAGGAAAAGGUUUUGUCAUUAUAUUUACUUAAUAUAUUAGUAAUAACGCACGUAUGUUUUAUGCGCGCGCACGCGUGCGUCUGCAAGAGAGCUAGACAGAGAGGGGGGAGAAAAUAAAUUACAAAACUUUCGCCCAAAGUUUGUAGGAAGUGGAUCCUUACGAGAAACACCAAUAUGGGGACCUGGGGUUGCGGCGCUGCUAUAAUGCACCUUUACAUCUGCAUGAGGUGUUUGUAGGGGACACGAGCAGUGAUUUCAGCUCGCGCUUGAUCACCACAUCACCACCGCGACACGCGCUCAAACCACCGGCCGCGAGAGGAAUAUGAGAUUUUUGCUCAUGUUCGCUUGAAUGUGCAGCUGUAUCGGGGACGCGCAUGAUUCCCGAGUCCAGGCGGAUGAUGGAGAGGAAUUACCCGAGCUCCACCUUCACAGAGCCGGUUACCGCCGCGGCUCAGAGCGCGGGCUGGGCCUACAAACCCAGCUCAAGUUAUGGUUCUACUCAGCUGGACUCUGAACUUCUUCAACGGCACACCUUUGUCUCUGGCCACCAGCCCACUACAUUCACUGCCACCCACCAUGCUACAGGAAUAUUUGACUCGAAUCAGCAAAGCACAGCCAGCAGCAACACUACUGAAUCAUCAGUCAUGAACUUCCUCUCUACUAUUGAAUCUCGAGGCCUUCAGGCUGGACCUGCUGGGUCUACUCUCCUCCCUCCUUUUAGAAGCCCCUCAUGGCAAACUGGUGCCAGUUCCUCCACAGAACUCUUAUUCACCGGAGCCCUUCAUCCUUCAGGAACCUUCCCAACUCCAUCUUCACUCUCAUCCUAUCAGCACCCCAGUGCCUUUUCUACUAGAAGUUUCACCACUACAUCAGCACUUGCUGUUUCGGACAGCACUUUUAGCUCUUCAAAUGGCCUGCUAUCCUCCAGUGACCCUCUUCUCCAGCUCAAAUCCUCCCAGAGCACUGUGCCAACCGCACUUGCUUUUGACCGCCUUGGUGGUAUGUCUCUAGGUGCUGGCUUGCCACCCCAGUCCUCCACAUAUCGCUCGGCACAAGAGUCAGCACCACACCUCCUUCAGCCUCAGUUUAGCCUGCUGCCCACAGCCUUGAGCAGCUCCCACCAAGUCCCUCAGCCUUACGGUGCCCCAGUUUUCUCAGGCUCCAUUGAACGAGCACUUCAGCGUGAAUGUAGCGUUAUUAAGCACCUCCAGCGGCCUUCCAGCACUCAACCGGUCCAGGACCAUCUGUCCGGCAGUGCUCAGCAUUCCCUGCAGGGUUACCUACAUGAUAACAGUGAUGUUUCAUAUCAGCAGGACACACAUACACCGGUACCUUGCAGUCCAGUGAGUGAUCCCUCACAAACUGUUAAUGGCAGUAUGCAGCAGAAGACUGCUUCUCAAGCAGCACUGCAGCUAACUCAGGCCUAUGUUUCUUCAAUCCCUUCUCCUGGGUUUUCCAGUUCAUCUGGACUAAAGAUUAAAGACGGUUCAUCCAAAAUAACCCAACAUGCCAGUGAGAACACAGACACUCAUGCUCAGUCAAGCUCCCCAGGUCUGCAGCAGCAAAGCUUCCCCUCUCCAGUUCAGAAACAAAGCUCAGUAAUUGCCAGCCAGUCGCAAUCGUACACAUCUGCCCAACUUUCAGGCUUGGUGUCCGUUAGCGCCUCGCAUUCAUACAUCACCUCUCCGAGUCUGACGAGUAACCUCAGCCAAACACAGGCCUUCUCUUCUAGUUUACCUGAGAAGCUGCCUUCCAUUUACAAAACUCUCUCAUCAUUUGCUAGUCAGUCUGAAGUUCAGACAUCACACCAGUCUCUUAUUUAUUCUUCCAGUCAGCUGCAGGAUUUGCCACUUGUAGGUCACAGGGAGGGGUAUGAGACACAGGUGCAAGCUCUUUGCACGGUAAGUCCUUCGCAAAGCUAUUCUUCCAGCCACUCCCAAAUCCUGCCAACCAUUAGUUUCUAUAAUCAAGGCCCAGCUUCUGCCAGCAUCCCCUCGCAGAACUAUGCCUCCAGUCAAUCCAUUACCCCCAGUCCCAAUUUCUCACCUGGUCACGGGCGAAGUUUAUCAUCCACUAACCCAACCCAGGACUAUGUCCUAAUGCAGCCAUCUUUGAGUAACAAGACUGACAGUGACCUGGUACAACAAAAGUACAUAUCUGCUCAGUCAUCAACCUCCUCUUCUCCCUCUCAGACCCAAGCCUUAUCAAAUGACCAAUCCUCAUUAAAGAUAAAACCAGUAUAUGGGAAAAGUGAACAGGAUGAACAAAUGUUUCUCUCCUCUAAAGAGAACUCAGGAGAACUUACUAUUGAGGAUGUGCAGGCGUUACAGAAAGGCUCUAUGGGGACUUCUGCACCAAGCCUUUCAAGCAGUAAUAUUGAAGCACAAAACAGGGCAAAAAAUGUUGUUUACGUGCUUUCAAAGGUGGAAGACAGGCACAACACACAAAGUGUUAUUCGUAGCAACUCUCGAUCAGAGGAGCAGAUUGUAGGUAUUACACAUUUGGAAACCACAAAGGAUGAAAGAAUGAUUUCUACAAGCCAACAUGCUCAGCUAGUUACCAAUGCCAAUACACCCUCCGACUCUAAGAGUAAUUCUUUAUUGAUGCACUCCACCCAUGCACCCUUGAGUGCAGAACAGCUGAAACAGCAUACUCUCCAUCUAAAAGGACCCAGUUCUCAGCAGCAGAACCAUCAGGGUCAGAUUAUCAGAGUUCAACAGGCAGAUGACAGACAGCUGUUUGAGGAUCAAACCCAGUUCAUCCGAGUUCCCAGUACCCAAGUUCUACUUGAUCCCUCUCACAUGAUUGUUCUCCAACAGCCUUUGCUCACAUCUGGACAGAAUCAACCUAAGCAAGCAAUGUACAUGCAAUCUGUACCACUCCAAUAUCUCCAAAUGAGCAACGACACUAUUCAUUUGACUAUUAAUGGGCGUCACAAUCCGCAGGUUGUUCCUCAACAAGUCCCCAACUCGGCAGAGUCCGCUAAACAGGAAUCACCACAAAAAGACAACUUUAACCAGUCCAGUCCUCGUGACACAAAGCAAAACUUUAACCUAAGUUCUGUAUGCUUUCCUGACUCCAUGCUUUUGGGGGAUGAAAGGAACCUCCUCUCAAAUGUUGAUGACAUUCUGGCUGCUACCGCGGCUGCCUGUGGCGUCACACAGGACUUUGUCAAAUCCACAUCCUCUGAUGGGGACAUCUCAUCAGCAGUUAACCCUAGUUUUUCAUCUCAGCAUAUGAUAAUUGGUAACUCACAAACCAUGACUAUAAAUGGUUCUCAGAUGUUGUUUCCUAAAGAAGAGGCAGGCGGACACCAACAGGUGUUUACACUAUCAAAUUCUCAACAUGAGGUUAGCAGCAGCUCUGCACAAGAAAGAUCUGACAAGAUAGCAAAUUCCCACAAGCCAAAUGAUGUGUUACCAAAAGGACAUUUUGUUGACUCCGGUAAUGGUUCUGCUCUGAUUGUUAAUGGACUUGCUUAUAGCAGUACAACCUCCUCUGACUUUCAAGAGUAUAGUCCUUCAGAGCAUGGGAACUCUGAAAAUCAGUCUGGGAGUAAGAGUCUGUCCGUGUUAACAAAAGGCAUUAAAACAGAUGACAGUCCAAUUGAACAUCCUGUUGAUGGUCUUCCAAAAAAACGUUCCAAGUCGAAAGGUUCAUCUAAGCAGUCUGUUGAGGAUGAAAAUGGUCAACCCAAAUCUCAGAAGAAAACCACCCAAGCUAAGAGACAAAAUUCACGUGUCAAUGAGGCAACUUCAAACUCUACCUCAGAAGUUUGUCCUGAUAGCUACCAACAGCAGGAGAGAAUGCAUCAGAAGUUAAGGGAGGUUGAGGAGAAACAGCCAGAGGUUAAAAGUGGAUUCUUGGGCUCUUUCCUGGACUUCCUUAAAUCUGGACCCAGGCCGCACCUUUCUUCUCCACCGUUACGGUCAGCCAAUCGCACUAGAAAGCCGUCUGCCUCCAAGAGGACUCCUAAUCCAUUAAUUGCUCCAUUUAAACCUCCACCUCCUUCAACCCCAUUGACAUCUCCAGACACUCAUGGUGUCAUUUCUACUAAGCGUCUUGAUGAAGAGCUGCAGAGGAACCUGGAAACGUUGCCAUCUUUUUCUUCCGAUGAAGAUGAUUCAGUGGGAAAAAACCAAGAUCUCCAGAUGAGCAUUACAUCUGCACUCUCAUCCUUAGACGAACCCUCAGACAAAAAGCAAAAGAUAGGUGACAACACAAAGUACAUUCAGACCUCCAGCACACAGCAGGCCGAUGUCAAGCCACAGGAACAACAGAUAGCUGUAGUGAUAUCUGCUGAAGAACUGUUGAAAGAUGUGCCACCAGACAAACUAGCUGUACAGCUGACUACAGUUGCCAUAGAGGGCUCCAUGGACAAUGAGCUGUCAGAUAGUGGAGGAGAAGGCAUGUACCGGGAGCGCGAUGAGUUUGUGGUUAAGAAUGAGGACAUUGAAAGGCUGAGGAUCACAUUGACAGUGGGGGUCGAACCACCAGCCAUAUGGAAAGUUCAGAAAGCCUUGUUGCAGAAAUUUGUACCAGAGCUUAGAGAUGGGAAGCGGGUGUUCUUUGCCACCAACAGUUAUUUGGGAUACUUUGGUGAUGCUAAAUCCUUGUACAGAAGAGUACAUGUCAAGUUUCUUGACACCGUGAACAAGCGAGAAUAUGUUCGAGUCUGCAGCAGGAAACCUCGAUGCAAGCCAAUGCAUUCAAUGAGAGGUUCCCAGGCUAAAGCUCUGCUGGCCCAACGGUUCACUGCCGCGACUGUGACCGAAUCUCCCACGCAGAAAACCGCACAACAGAAAUCUCUGUCUAAACCCAGACCCAAACAGCUGAAAGCAAAGGCCGAACCUCCACCCAAAAAGAGAAAGAAAUGGAAAGAGGAGUUCAGCGCAUCACCCUCACCAGAGGCUGUGAGUGAGGAUGACGAGUUUACGCCUCCGGUUCCUUUCGCCUCCCGCUUUCUGAACACCAGAACGAUGAAGGAGACCUUCAAGAGCUUCGUAGAGCUGCUGAUCAGCACAGCCCUGGACGCGGACGUCAUGAACGCACUGGAGAGAGAGAGCGACGAGCUGCUCUUGCCUCACAUGAAGAGAGUUGAUGGAAUGAUCACAGAUAACAGGCGGAGACUGCUGCCCAAACUGCACAUGGGUCAGAUCUUUAAAAAUGCAUUAGACAGCUUUCCUGAGCUGUCUGUGGUGACUGAGCUGAACACAGACUGUGAGACCCCAAUUUUUAAAGUGAGACUAAGUGGAAAGGCGUAUAACAGGAAAACUAUGAAGCCCUCCAAAUCCCCUGGCAAACUUCCACUGGAAUAUACAGUGGAUCAGCAGAAAACAAAGUGGUUUUCUCUUUAUCAUUCUCUACAACACUAUAAGUACCAUACAUACCUGACAUGUAUGGAGGAGAUCAAAUUGUUAAAGUCGCGAGGUAAGGACAUGGGGCAGGAGGAGACCGUGCAGACGUGUAUGGAGAACAGGGCGUGGGUCCAGGGUUUGUUCGAUCGCUUCGGGGAGCUUCUGACACAGGUGCAGCAGGCCUGCCUUUAACAGGAGACUAUAGAUUAUAAUGAUAGACAUUAUAUACACAACACAGCAUUCGUGAACCCAUUCAACGUGUUCUUGAAGCACUGUUGAGGACAGAAGAAAAGACUUGAUGGUUUUAACAAACAGAAAGUGAGGUACCAAAAUGGCUGCCUUUUUUAUACCCACAGAGACUGAAACUGUGGUUUUACAUGUAAUCCAUAUUUUUUAAACUAGCUGUAGUUAAACAUUUUCUUUAUUGAAUCAUCAUCAUCUGUGUCCUUUACUUUUAUAUUGAUACUGGGAAUUUGUAUACCCCCACAUGCUAGUGUAAAACAAUUCAUCUGUUAUUAUUGUUUUGAGGGCUAGGAUGUUUAAAAAGAUACUGUAUACAUAGAUAUAUAUGUAAAACAUUUUUUUACAACUGAAUGCCAAAUUUAUAUAUGAUGUACAUUUUGUAUAGAGAGCUUGUUUGACUUAAUAUAGUAGAAAACCUAUGUGCUUUCCUGUUUAUAACAAAGGUUAUACAUCUGGAGUUGGUGCAAUUCUAAUACUGCUUUUUUGUGAUAUUUUCUUGUAAUGAAAAGCAUUUACUUUGACUUUUUUCUGAGGAAACAAUCUCUUUAUACGUUUGUCUUUUCUUAAAGCAUUUAUUUUUUCUCACAGAUAGUAUUUUUCACAGAAGGAAAUAUUGUGCUCGUAUGUCCUACGUUUAUAGAUGGCCUAUACAUUUAUGUGCACAUUGUAUAAUUCACACCAUAUAGAAAGUUUGUCACGAUUUUAAAUGAAUGUGCCGACAGCAUUGGAUUAGUCUUCUGCUUUUCAGAUAUGUGUGUUACACACUACAAUGUUUUUGCUGACAUGGGAUAAUAAAUUUCUUAUGAAAUGAAAA